GUUACCACUGGGCAUUACGUCGCCACUCGGGAGAGUCUUGGCAGUUCGAAAGAAAGCACUUGGAUGAUCUACCCGGUCGACGCGGUGCUCAAGGCGCCUGCGCAGUCCAAGCUCAUGGCGCUGCCGCUGCUGUACCUGCUGCAGUCGCUUGACAAGACGUUCCUGGACCGCGUCCUCGCCGUGCUUGGCCACACGGACGGCCGCGACAAGACGGUCAAGAUUGUGCAGUACUUUUGCAAGCUCGCGCUCGCGUUGAACCAGGCCAAGUACAAGCCGCUCAUUGGCACGCUGGCCAAGCAACUCAGCGGCGCGCGGCGGGUCAUGCGCCUCGGCAAGAGCCUCAAGGUCGUCAACAACUCGCUCGAUGCACUUGCCGAGCCGGCGGGCUGGCAGCGCACCGCGGCCAUGCUCAGCGUGUGCGCCGGCACCGUAGGCGACGUAGGCGACGACCUCUGCUGGGCGUCCGACAUGGCGCUCGCGCCGUCCUGGAUUGGCGCGUAUGACGUGUGGGUGGAUCGACUGUGGUUUUUCACGCUUUGCUGCGACUUGCCGCUCAACACGUGCGCCAUCUUGGACGCCCGCGCGGCCCUCGUCGCGUGCGACCCCGAGGCCGACCCAGUCGCAUACCACAACUGCCAAGUCAAGCUCGCGUCCGUGACGAUCGCGCAGAUCAAGGCGGUUGCUGAUUUCUUCCACGCGACGCGCCUCGCGUUCAACUGGCCGACCGGAUCGACGGGCCAAGAUGCCGUCUGCGGCCUCGUGUCGGCCUCGUGCUCGCUCGUCAAGAUGUGGAAACCGGCCUUCUUGACCAAAGCACCCUAGUGUUGUCGCUAGAUAAAUUAACGCUGCAUGCAGAUAGAAGCCAUUUAUAUAGCUUUGCCCAAGCAACACCC